AUGUAGGGGCCUAUAGGGAACGGGAGCCUUGAAGAGGGGAACCUGUAGGGGUUGUGGGAGGCCUGUAGGAAAUGUGUUUCCUGCAGGGGGGAUCAGAGGCUUGUAGGGAGUGGGAGGUGUCUUAAAAUGGGGCUCUCUGGGGAGAUAGGAGGCCUAUAGGGGCUGUGUAGCCAUGCAGGGGAUGGGAGCCUUGAAAGUGGGCUUUAGGGGCUAUGGAGGGGUGCUAACAAUGGGGCUGUGUGGGGUGACCCCAAAAAAGUGCCUCAGGUGGGAAGGGAGCAGAGGAGACCCUGAGUGAGGGACGAUCGGGGCGGGUGGGGGUCCUCGGGGCCCUGCCAUGGGGAUGGGGUCCCUGGUGGGGUCUGAGCUGGGUUCUGAGGUCAGCCCCCCACCCUCCCAUACUGCAGGGUCUGGUGCGACCCACUGUGGGGGCGCCUCCCCUUUUGCCCCCCCAUCUUUGCUCUGGGGGGGGCUCCUUCCUUUAGCCCCCCUGUUUUUUGCAACCACCCUUUUGCUCCUAUCGUUUUGGGCUCCCCUUCCUUUACCCUCCUUUCUGGGGGGCUCCCUUUUUGCUCCUCCCUCCUCCAGACCCGUGCUUUUUAGGACCCUGCCUCCUUUAGCCUCCCCCUACCUUCAGGGCUGCCCCUUUUUGUCCCCCUGCUUUUUGGGGUUGCCCUUCUUAUCCCCCUUCCUUUUUGGGACCCCCCCUUCCUUUUUGGGACCCCUUUCCUUUAGUCUCCAGCUUUUUAGGACCUCCCUGUUUUUUACCCCCAGCUUUUUAGGACCCUUUCCUUACUCCCCCCUGCUUUUUGGGGCCACACGGUCUCCCCACACCUGCCGGCAGCGCUGCAGUUCGGGGCCGGGCUCUGCUGCUCAUUGCGAUGCGUGUUGUGUAAGUACUGCUGCUGUGGAGCUGCAGCCCAGAACAUCCGUGGGGCUCAGCUGUAGGAACAUAGGAACACGGAUCCCAAAGGAGGCAGCCCUGGCCCCUGAGGAGGAAUCUGCCCCUCUCAGCAUCCCUGCAGUGGUGCAGUUCUUAAAUCCUCAGCUGUGGGGAUAAGAGGUGAAUCCUGCAGGGAAUCCUCUGUGCCAGAGGAGCAGAGCUGUGUCCCGUAGCCCUGCCAGUGGUGGCCCCCUGGUUUUCUGCUUUAUUUGUGGGGUUGGACUUGCUGCUCGCUCAGUCUUUCCCGCCCUCGCUCCUCCCAGCAGCCCUGGGAUGUUCUGCAGCACUUUGGGGGAGCAGAACCCAAAACUCCCGGAGCUGCGGCAGCUGGAAGGAACCUCCUCAGGUCCUCAUCCAACACCUCCCAGUCUGCCCUAAACUGGAGAGCCUGGCGCCGGGCCCAGUGCUCCGGAUGGGGCCUCCCCAGUGCAGAGCAGAGGUGGGAGCAGCUCCCUGCCCUGCCGGCUGUGCUCCGUGCAGCCAUCUCCAGGGAACCGGUGGCCACCAGGGCACGCUGCUGGCUCAUGGUCACCCUGUAGUCAACCACUGGUCAACCUGUUGGCCACCAUUGGCUUUCUUGGCCGCUGGAGCACACUGCUGGCUUGUGGUCAGCUUUUGGUCAACCGUUGGCCAACUGUUGGUCAACCAGGACACCACUGGUGUUCUUGGCCACCAUCAGCUGUUGAUCAACCCUUGGCCAGCUUGGCCACAGGGCCGUAACUUCCAGCUCACGAUCAACCAUUGGCCAACCACUGGUCAACCAGGAUGUCAUCGGUCUUCUUGGCCACCAGAACUGCUGCCUCACGGUCAGCUUUUGGCCAACCGUUGGUCAGCCGUCGGUUAUCCAGGACACCGUUGGUGUUCUUGGCCACCAGGACGCACUGCUGGCUCACGGUCAGCCGCUGAGCAGCGAGGACACGGGUUGCAUUCUUGGCCAGUGGUGCACACAGCUGGCUGGCAGUCAGCAGAAUGAAGCCAGGCUCACCAAGCAGCUCUGCUGACAGGUGAAGGUUUGGAGCCUGGCAGCGGGAUGCAGAGCAUCCCUCAUCCUGCAGCCCUGUUCCCAAGCUGCAGGAUGUGGAGGAACGAAUCUUUUCAGCUGAGCUCCUUUCAGCACAGUUUAAUGGAGGGAAGGAGGAGAAGCGCUGUUGGGUGGCAGCAAAGCUUUUGGUGCUGAGCUCCACGGGGAAAGGAGCCGUUUUCCCUCUUUGAUCCGAUUCCCUCUCACUGGAAACAGCGGAGCCGUUGAUGCCACCAGCCCAACUCCAGGCUGCCAGCUGAGUGAGAGCUCCGCUGUUCCUGCAGACCCUGGGCACUGUAGCGUUGCUGCCAGUCGCUCUGUGCCUGGAAUGCUUUCCCAAGCUCUCCCUCUCAUUUUGGGAGAGGAGCUGCAGCCGGAGCCCGGUGUCAAUUGUGUCCCUACCCCCCUUUGUCACACCUGGGUUGGAGGUGGCAGCGCGAGGAGGUGCGCAGGGAGAUGAAGGAUGGAUGGGAUGGUGGAGGGAUGGACAGACAGAUGGAGGGGUGAAUGGACAGACGGACGGAUGAAGAAUGGAUGGGGGGAAGGAUAGAUGGACAGGAGGAUGAGGAGAUAGAUGGGCUGAUGGAAGGAUGGGCAGAGAGGCAGAUGAUGGAUGGACAGACAGAUGGAGGGAUGGACAGAUGGAUGAUGGAGGGAUGGACAAACGGGCAGAUGAUGGGUGGACAGAAGGAUGAAUGAAUGGGAUGAGGGAGGAAUGGACAGAUGAAUGUCGGGUGGACGGAAAGGGGGAGGACUAGGAUGACAGAGGGAUGGACAGACAGACGGGCGACGGAUAGAUGGAUGAUAGGAUGACAGAGGGAUGGACAGACAGGAGGAUGGACGGACAGAAGGGCGAAUGGAGAACGGCUGGGCUGAUGGAAGGGUGGACGGAUGAACAGAUGAUGGAUGGACAGAAGGAUGAGAGCUGGAGGGGGUGGAUGACGGACAGACAGACGGACGCCGGCAGCUUUCUCCAGAGCCGUUUGUUCCGUUGCCAUGAGAACCGGCGCUGCUGCGGCGACGGCACAAAGCGGAGCGGGGCCGAGCGCCUCGCCUUCAGCUCUGCUGUUCCCCCUCUCCCCAAAUCCUGCAACCCAGCGGCGUCCCCACGGCUCGGCUCUGCUGCUGGGCUCCGCUGCGCGCUGACGCCGUGCCACGCUCCCACGUUUUGGUGAAGGAGAUGCAGAGAGCGGCGAGCUCGGCGGCUUUGCUCAUCCCUGCGCUGCCGAGCUGUGCUGCUCUGGGUAGGGGGCACCCCUGGACCCCCACCACCACGGUCCCCAUCCCGCAGGUCCCUGCUGAGCCGGGCGGCCGUUCCUCCCCCCCGUGCACCGCGUGCCGCAGCUCCAUGCGAUCCCGAUGGACGCGAUCGCGAGCGGCCGCCUCAAGAGGAAGUUUGAGGAUGCGGACGUGGGAUCCCCGGCGUCCAACUCGGAUGAUGAAAUCUCCAACAGCGACAGCGCCGACAGCUGUGACAGCGUCAACCCCUCCAGCUCCAGCGGCUUCAUCCCCACCUCCAUCCUGAAGAGGCAGAAGCAGCUGCGCAGGAAGAAUGUGCGCUUCGACCAGGUGACGGUGUAUUACUUCGCCCGGCGCCAGGGCUUCACCAGCGUGCCCAGCCAGGGUGGCAGCUCGCUUGGCAUGGCCCCACGGCACAACUCGGUGCGCAGCUACACGCUGUGCGAGUUUGCACAGGAGCAGGAGGUGAACCACCGCGAGAUCCUGCGUGAGCACCUCAAGGAGGAGAAGCUGCACGCCAAGAAGAUGAAGCUCACCAAGAACGGCACGGUGGAGUCGGAGGAGGCGGAAGGGCUGACGCUGGAGGACAUCUCAGACGACGACAUCGACGUGGAGAACGUGGAGGUGGAUGACUACUUCUUCCUGCAGCCCCUGCCCACCAAGCAGCGGCGGGCGCUGCUCCGUGCCUCCGGCGUGCACCGCAUCGACGCCGAGGAGAAGCAGGAGCUGCGCGCCAUCCGGCUGUCGCGAGAGGAGUGCGGCUGCGACUGCCGCCUGUACUGCGACCCCGAGGCCUGCGCCUGCAGCCAGGCGGGCAUCAAGUGCCAGGUGGACCGCAUGUCCUUCCCCUGUGGCUGCUCGCGGGACGGCUGCGGGAACAUGGCCGGCCGCAUCGAGUUCAACCCCAUCCGCGUGCGGACUCACUACCUCCACACCAUCAUGAAGCUGGAGCUGGAGAACAAGCGGCAAAGCGCGCGGCCCGGCGACGAGGAGCUGCAGGGUGCCGGCAGCUCGUGGCCCCCCGGCACGCAGCCCCCCGAGACGCAGGACUUCCAGGAGUUCAUGGCCGAGAACGAGACGGCCGUCAUGCACCUGCAGACCGCCGAGGAGCUGGAGAGGCUGAAGGCCGAGGAAGACUCCAGCGGCGGCUCAGGCGUGGAGAGCGUCGGCGUCUGCAUCCUGGAGGAGCCGCUGGCCGUGCCGGAGGCGCUGUGCCCGGGGUUGGCGGCCCCCAUCCUCAUCCAAGCGCAGCUGCCGCCGGGAUCCUCCGUGCUCUGCUUCGCCGACGGCGCCGAGCAGCCGGCGGCCGCGCAGCCCUACUUGAACGCCGCUCCGCUGCUGUACUACCAGGUGGAACCGCGCUCCGCGCCGGGCCACAAGAGCGAGAACGGUGCCGACGAGCGCCCCAAGGACACCGGGACCGACGCCGCGGCCCCCGCAGCGCCGUGCAGCCGCGCCGCCCCGAGCAAAGGGGACGGGGCGAAGGGCGCGGGGCCGGAGGGCGCGCAGAGCUGCGCUGGGUCGCUCGGCCCCCCGGCGCCCCGCGAGGCGCCCGGCCCUGAGGAGCCCCCCCGGGGGGUGUGAAGCCCCCCGCCCAUUAUUUAUUGAGGAGAUUCCACGGCUCAGCACUGCCCCGAAUGGGGAGGGAGGGAAGGGAGGAGGAGCGG